AUGUUUCGACCGAGUGCAGUAAGGCGGCUGGCUGCGACAGCAUGGCGGGCCGCCGAGGGAGUUGCUCAAUGGGAAUCUGCCCACGCGCACGGCAUCGAAAUAUCCAAAGCGCAGCGCAUCGCCGAGCGCGGCUUCAUUGACGCAAUCGGCAAAACCCCCCUCAUCCGCAUGAAGCGCCUCUCCGAGGAAACCGGCUGCGAAGUGCUCGGCAAAGCCGAGUUCCAGAACCCCGGCGGCAGCGUAAAAGACCGGGCGGCCCUCUACGUCGUCGAAGCCGCCGAGCGCUCCGGGAAGCUGCGUGCCGGCGGGACCGUGAUCGAAGGCACGGCCGGCAACACCGGGAUAGGCCUCGCGCACGUCUGCCGCUCCAAGGGCUACAACCUCGUCAUCUACAUGCCAAACACCCAAUCGCAGGGGAAAAUCGACCUGCUGAGGCUGCUGGGCGCGGAAGUCUACCCCGUUCCCGCGGUCCCGUUCGAGAAUCCCGAGAACUAUAACCAUCAGGCGAAGAGGCACGCGGAGAGGACUGAGAACGCGGUCUGGACGGACCAGUUCGACAACACGGCGAAUAGGCAGGCGCACAUCGAGACGACGGGGCCGGAGAUCUGGGCGCAGACGGGCGGGAAGCUGGAUGCGUUUACGUGCGCGACGGGGACGGGGGGCACGCUGGCGGGUGUGACGAGGUAUCUGAAGGAGAAGAGCGGGGGCAAGGUGAAAUGCUACCUCGCGGAUCCGCCGGGGAGCGUGCUGCACUCGUACAUCACGUCUGGGGGGCAGUUGAAGGAGCGGACUGGGAGCAGCAUCACCGAGGGGAUUGGACAAGGGCGGAUUACGGAUAACCUGAAGCCGGAUAUAGAGAUGGUGGAUGGGGCAUUGCAUAUUGCGGAUGAGAAGACGAUCGAGAUGGUGUAUAGGUGUCUGGAUGAAGAGGGGCUUUACCUAGGUGCAAGCAGCUGUCUGAAUGUGGUGGCGGCCAAGGAGGUUGCGGAGAAGCUGGGUAAGGGCCACACGGUCGUCACCAUUCUGUGUGAUGGCGCGUAUAGGUAUGCGGAUAGGCUGUUUAGUAGGAAGUGGCUGCAGGAGAAGAGGCUGUUGAAUUCAAUACCGGAGCGUUUGCAGAAGUAUAUAGUACUGCCUUGA